AUGCCUCCACCAUCUGCAAACCAGCAGAAGGUUCUUAUUGCCCAGUUCGUAUCUCUGACUGGCCAAACAGAGCGACAAGCCACCCGUUACCUCAAGAAUGCGGGCUUCAAGCUAAAUGAAGCGGUUGAUGCUAUCUGUAUCGAGCAUCCUCCGGCCGUUGUUUGCAAGUGUAUCCCGUCACAGUGGCCUGGCCCACUAUUGCCCGGAUACACUGCAGAGUAUGACCGACAAAGACGCCGAACGUUGAGUCAAGGUUACUUGGGGCAUCUUGUGUUAGUGAGGGGUCUUGAAAACGUUACCUCAAAGGCAUGUUGUGCCUAUGCCUGUAUCGAAUUUGCGACUGCUAUCAUGGGGGCCAUGGGGAGCCUGGCAUCCAUGACCGGAUUUGUACAAAUUCUUCGUCUAUUGUUCUCGUAA